CUCGAAGUAAGCUGUGCCAAAGAUUUUAGCAAGAUGGUGAGCCUGACAACGAUUGCGGUCACUGGUGUGCUGCAAAUGCUGGGCAUAUCCUUGUUCGUGGCCCAGCCAAAGGAUCAAUCCUCGCCGGCUUCCUCCAUCGGAAGCAACAUCUUCCUGCUGGCCAUCCUCUUGCUGUUUUGGGACUCGGACAUGAUACCUAAGAAAUUAAAGCAGUACUCACCACGGAUUUUCGCCUUCGCCGAUCUUUUAUGCACGGUCCUCGUCACCGAGCUGUUGAUGCAGGUGGUCUGGUGUGGAUACGUGAGGAUUACCCACCAGACGGUGCGGCUGGUUUGCCACCGGAGGUUGUGGUGCGAGUACGGAUUGACGACCCUCUGCACCAUUUUCGGGGCCAUUGCAUCGCUGUGCAUUGUGUUCGAGGUGGUGUGUCCCAUUCAGAUGAAGGAUUCGGUGGGCCAGGUUCUGGGCAGCCUGCCCAUUCCGAUUCCCGCGAGUGCCGGACCCGUCUUCAAUUACCUUCAGGAUGUGCGCACUUAUGUAAUGGGUGCCAUCUACUUUUGUCAACUUACUAGAGAGCAGCGUUUGCUGUCCGUUCGCGCCUUUGAGAUGCAAUUGCUGCGUUCCAGGACUGCAAGGGAGUAUCAACCGGGUGAGCCUGCUGUCCAGAAGCCCCAAAGUCAAAUGGACGAGGAAAAAUCGGACAACCAGGACCAAACGGCAGAACCGGAGCUCGUCCAGGAGUUGUCCUCGUGAAUUGUUUAUUAUUUAUACAAAUUUAUGCCAACAGCUGUUGCUAUCGCCAGCCUUAUUGUU